CUGUUAUGUUCAUCGCCUGCUGGGUUUAUUGCGUUUCUAUCCGCGGUACUUUCCCCACCCGAAACCAGCAGUGUGGAACGCCGGUUCGAAGUAUCACCCGUGGGUCAUUCUCAGACUCCAGGCGACAAGAGCACUCACUGCUGCGCAUACCAAUAAGAUUUCUUAAUCCUGCUGACUUUUCUUGAUAGCUCCUGCUUAUUUUGACGAGUUGCAAUGGAUCCGGUCAUGUCCCAACCGAAGUAUGAGGAUCAGGCUGACGUCUGUUUCCAGCCAAUGGGGCAGCAGGUUACUAUGAUUUCCACUCAACCAACCACGACUGUUAUUCAGAUACAGACAAAUGUUAACUUCCCCCGAGGGAUUCCUCGUGAUUGGUCUACUCCACUCUGUGGUUGCUUUGAAGAUGUCGGUGGCUGUUUGAUGGGAUGGUUUUGCUUUCCGUGUUAUGAGUGUCACGUGGCCACUAAGAUGGGAGAGUCCUGCUGCACUCCAUGCUGCUACCAAAACACCACUACAGCCAUGAGGGUGCACUUCCGUGGACGUCAUAACCUACAGGGUACCUUGAUCAACGACGCCUGUGUGGGUUGCUGGUGUCGGCAGUGCGCGCUGUGCCAGAUCUCAAGAGAGAUAGAUAACAUGACGACCGGCCGAGCCAUCCCAUAGGUCAGCCAGUCCAACGCUGAGGGGAGCCAGUCCAGACGCUAAAUGGCAGCAGACUUACCAUUUAAUGUUACUUGGGCCCAAUUUCAUAGAGCUGCUAAGCACAAAAAGUUGCUUAGCAAGAAAUAUCUUCCUUGAUAAAAACUGAGGGUUACCAACCAAAUUUUCAUUUGUUGCAUGUUGCUUCCUAUUGGUGUUUAGCUGUUUUUUGCUUAUCCUGAAAAUCACAUGGAAAUUUGGUUGGCAUUCCUGUUUUUAUCAAGGGAGAAAUGUCAUGCUAAGCAAAUUUGUGUGCUUAGCAGCGCUAUGAAAUUGGCCCCUGUGUUUGCUGCCUUAGUAGAGAUCAAAAAUUCUUUAAAUGAGGCUCCGGCAAGGAAAGUCUUUUGAGCCGCUAGGUGGCAGCAGACUUACCAUUGUCCUUGGAACAUGUUCUGCAAUGAACAAUGGACAAUGUUGCCUGGUUAAAGUUUGCUGCCACCUAGUGUUCAAAAUUGUUCCAGUGAGGCUCAGGCCUAAGGUAACGUUUGAAGUCCCUUAUUCAAAGCUUAUGUUUGUUUAAUAAAUCAUAUUUUGGCAAGUUUUACGAGCAACUUGGAGGCAAUCAGCCGCAAUGCCACUUGUCAAUUCCAGAUAACAUCUAACAUUGAAAUUAAUUUACACAUCAGUUUUCCCUUUUUUUCAUCAACGGAAUGGAACUUACAACUAAAAGUUUGUCUUUUGAUAUUGCGAGUUUUUUUUUCUUAUAAUAGCUUGCUGUAAAGGUUGCCUCAAAGUUGCCAAGAAGUUCAGAUUUGAAAGUGGCCUCUAGGUGGCAGCAAACAGCUUCUGUAAUGUCCAUUGUCCGUAUCCAAAUGUAUGGGUACGGAUACGGCUACAUCCAAUGCUAAUGGUAUUUCUAAGGACGCUUAAAACGUCUAAUGCAUGAUGCGGUGAUCCAGCCCAUCCCAAGCUUUAGCCAGAGCCAGUAUUACAGACGCUGCCUAAUUCUGGGAGUCCAUUCUAAAUCUGCUGCCACCUAGAGCUCAAAGUCUCAAGUUUUUUUUUAAAGUACCAUCUUCCUUACAUUUUUUUCCCUUGUAACCGUAAACAGUACUUACUAUUAGUUUGAGCAGCUCAUGUAAACCUUUGAUUACAGUUAAAUAAAAAAUAAAAACAGUUAGACAAAAUUAAACUUUGCUAAGCAGCUGGAAAUCUUGCCACAAACAAGCAACUUCUAUAAUACAAUCUGUCUUUCUGAUUUCAAAAAACGCAACAUUAUUAUUAUACUCUGUUUAUUUUUGGUAGCAUAAGUUCAGCAUGUUAGUGGCAAUGGCCUUUAUUAACGCCAAAACAUUGUUUCUUCGCAAAGCACAAUAACAUUUACUAAUCUUAGAGUUUCUUAUUGUACAUAUAGUUACUUGUUUCAUGUUACUUGUUUAUUGGCUGACUUUUUACAUUUGUUGUGGCUUUAGUUUUAAGUGCCAUUUGGCCCUCGCAGAGAGCGCUCUGUAGAUUUUAAAUAUUAUUUUGUUGUACUUUUAUUACUGUUUUCUGCUUGUUGUUCCCGUUUUAUGUUAAUGAUAUCCUGUUGUUUUAAUGGAAGAGUUAUACUUUAGUACUAUAGUGUCAAAUUUCCAUUGACAAUUUGCCUUAGUUGUUCUUAUUAUAGAGUCUUAUUUUUAUAUCUACUAGAUGUUGUUUAAUAUCCGGAAACAGACUGGUUUUUGGUUAACUGCUGAAAAAGGAAACGGAAACUUUGAAACAUACCACUUCAAAACGAAACUACCACAAGACCAUGUUGCAUUAUAUUGGACAUGCAAUAAUAAUUUAAGCCCAGUGUCACAGGUAAAUCUGUCCGCCGGAGACUCGGUCCCGAAUUGUGAUAAUGUAAAAUGGCUGAUGAAGGAGGAGGUUUCAAGAGAGGGCGCUAUAGGAAGACGUUUGAACAGUUCGCCAUAUAGGGACAGAAUCUGUGGGGACAGAGUUUCCUGCCACACCUGCGCUCCGAUCCAAUUCACGCGAGAGCGAAAGCAAAGCGAAUUUUCUAGCGUCACCAUUAGACAAACUGCGCGUGCAGAUUAAUCCGUCACCAAAACUCGCUGCGCACUCGGUUUGGCGAGAAGUGGGAUUUAGGACUGGGCUUGAGACACACAUUUUGCCAUGAAGCAUUGAAAUACUAGUUUAUAAGCCUAUAUAUAUUUAGGAAAUUAAGCACAAAGUUGUGUUCAUUCUUAGUUAAGAUUUGUCAGAUAUUCUUAAAGAAGAAUUAAAACAAUGUAACCGUUUA